AUGGACUUCAAGAGCAAGCAGAAGAAGAAGGUUCUUGCGGUGAUCAUUCUGGGUUUGGGUUUGGGUCUCGGUCUCCAGCUGCAGGACUGCAGGAAUAAAGACGUGUCGGCGUCCUGCAGGAAUCGUUGCUAUGAGCCGCUGGAUGUGGAUUCAGCCUCGUGUCGCUGUGAUAGUCAGUGUGUGGAGACUCACAGCUGCUGCUUUGACUACCAGGACAUCUGUCUGCUGCCUACUCAGAGCUGGGAGUGCACGGCGCUGCGCUGUGGAGAGAGACGGCUGUCUGGCAGCAGGUGUCACUGCUCUGAGGACUGUAUGAACGCUGGAGACUGCUGCUCCAACUACAACAGCGUCUGUGAGGGAGACACAGAGUGGGUUCAGGAUGAGUGUGUGGACAUGAGCACUGCCAAAUGCCCUGCCAGUUAUAAGAGGCAGCCGCUGCUGUUGGUCUCUCUGGAUGGUUUGAGAGCUGAAUAUCUGCAGUCGUGGCAUACGGUGGUACCAGUGCUGGACAAGAUCAGACGCUGCGGUACGUCGGCACCCUUCAUGCAGGCCGUGUUCCCCAGUAAGACGUUCCCUAACCACUACUCCAUCGCCACAGGUCUGUAUGCCGAAUCACAUGGGCUGGUGGAUAAUAACAUGUACGACCCUGUGUUCGACGCCUCCUUCAGUCUGUCCAACAGUGAGAAAAACAAUCCCAGAUGGUACCAGGGACAACCGAUCUGGAACACGGCCAUGUAUCAGGGGCUGAAAGCGGGAACGUUCUUCUGGCCAGGAUCUGAUGUGGCCAUAAAUGGGAGUUUCCCAGAUAUCUACAUGAAUUACGAUGGGCCGGAUUUCUUCACAAUCUACCUGGAGGAGCCUGAUAGUUCAGGACACAGUUAUGGACCCGUCAGCGGAGGGCUGAUCUUGGCUCUGCAGGGAGUGGACAGAGUCAUCGGUCAGCUGAUGAACGGCCUCAAACAACUCAACCUUCAUCAGUGUGUCAACAUCAUCAUCGUCGCCGAUCAUGGUAUGGAGGAGACCAGCUGUGAGCGUAAAGAGGCUCUUCAGAAUUUUAUAGGUGAUGUCAAUCAUCUGUACGUCAGUGAAGGGCCUUUUGGACGAAUCAGAGCGAAAAACACAACACACACCUUGGACGCAGCUGGACUCAUAGCAAACAUGUCGUGUAAGCAGCCGGAGCAGCAGAUCAAGCCCUACCUGAAACAUCACCUGCCCAAACGUUUCCAUUACGCCAGCAACAGACGCAUCGAAGACGUCAGCGUCCUGGUGAACCCGCGCUGGCUCUUUGAGAGGUAUCCUGGGUCUCUCACGUUCUGCUCAGGAGGAAAUCAUGGAUAUGAUAAUGACAUCUACAGCAUGCAGGCCUCGUUUCUCAGUUUAGGACCAAAAUUCCACUUUCAGACAGAAGUGGAGCCAUUUUCCAACAUUGAGCUGUACAACCUCAUGUGUGACGUGCUGGAAAUCACUCCAUUCCACAAUAACGGGACUCACGGGAGUCUGAACCACCUGCUGCGGAUGUCGGUUUACAGCCCCAGUCACCCGACAGAGCAGAGCGGCCCGGAGCAGUGCCCGAUCACCAGCCUGGAGCCCACACACACACUGGGCUGCAGCUGCACUGCACUGAGUGGAAGUGACAUCAACGCGCAUCUGAAUCUCACUGAUGCUGAAGGUGNCGAGAGUGAGAGGCGACACAUGUUGUUCGGCCGUCCGCGGGUUCUACAGUCUGACGCUAAAUACUGUGUCCUGCAUCAACACGGAUUCAUCACGGCCUACAGCACACUCACCCACACGCCCGUCUGGAGCUCCUUCACUCUCGACAAAACCGCUGAAAGUUCUCCGGUCGUCUCAGAUUGUCUCCGGGCAGACAUCAGGAUUCCAGCCAAUCAGAGUGCGACAUGUGACCAGUUCAACAACGCUGGCAACAUCACACACGUCUUCCUGUUCCCACCCAAUCUGAACCGCACGUCUGAAGAUCAGUUUGAUGCUCUGACACUUGGAAACGUGGUGCCCGUCUUCCCACAGUUCAAGAGACUCUGGCAGUAUUUUCAGGAGGUUCUGCUGCUCAAAUACGCAUCUCAGUAUAACGGUAUUAACGUGGUUACCGGCCCAGUGUAUGACUACAACUUUGAUGGACGCUUUGACUCUCCAGAGCAGAUCCAGGAGUUCGUUGCAGGUUCGUCUAUUCCUGUUCCCACUCAUUAUUUUGUGGUCCUGACGAGCUGUAAGAACGACACACAGACGGUGAGCGAAUGUUCUGCUGAACUUCAGACGGUUUCCUUCCUGCUUCCGCACAGGAGCGACAACAUGGAGAGCUGCGCCGACGAUCAUCCGGAGUCUCAGUGGGCGGAGCCUCUCCUGUGGAUGCACCAAUCACGCGUCAGAGAUGUGGAGUGGAUCAGCGGACUGGACUUCUUUCAGGACAGCAAGCGUCCAAUCGCUGAGCUCCUGCGUCUGAAGACCCGCCCCACCGCCGCCAUUCAUCCCAAAGCUUGAGUUUUGAUUUUGUGUUAAUAUAUUUAUUCAAUCCUCUUAACGCAUUCCGGUCCAUUUUGACCUAGAAGAGAAGCAUAAAAAUUCCUAAAAAAUGUGUAGCGCUUAGUAAGUGAACAAACCUUUGCAGAUGCAUUAAGACCCUCAAAAUACACUUCUUCUUUUUUUUUCAGAUUUUUUACAAUUAUUUUUUCAGAGAUGACGUGUUGCAUGUAUGGAGAACUAUUAGUAUCAAAAAUACUUUCUGUAAAAUGAAGUUAUAUUAGUGUCUUUUGUAAAAUAUAUUUAGUCUUUUCCCCCGUAUCUCACACACUUUUGGACUGAAUUUUGUUGAUGAACAUGAAUAUGUCUAUUGAUGAAACAAUGCAGCAUGAAAAACUGAUCACUUUUUUCAUCUGAAGGUGAACGUUUACGCACCUAAAAUUAAUUUAUUUUGCUUGAAAACUGAUAUUUAUGUUGUUUUGUUAGAAAUAAAUAUGUAGGUUUCAUAAAU